UGAGUUCGAAAAUCAUCUCGAGCUGCAAUCCAACACUCCAUGUUGAGUCAAUUCCCCAAACAAAAUCACCCCAAAUUAUGUCCUUCAGUUCCCAGCUAAUUAUCAAGUCAAGAAAGCCAUCGAAGGCCCGCGCCACGGCCCGAAUCUCAGCCUCAUACGCCCCUGCCCGAACCAAGGAGACACUGUACGUCAGCAACAUCGACUACAACCUGACCAACUCCGACCUCCACACGAUCUUCUCCACCUUCGGCAAGCUCGCCAAGGUCACGGUGCUCAAGGACCGCGCCACGCGCCAGAGCAAGGGCGUGGCGUUCGUCCUCUUCGUCCGCCGCGAGGACGCCGCCAGGGCGGCCAAGGAGAUGGAUGGGAAGAUCCUUAACGGCCGAACCCUACGCGCCUCGAUCGCCGGCGACAACGGGCGCGCGACGGAGUUCAUUAAGAAGAAGGUGUACAAGGACAAAAGCAGGUGCUACGAGUGCGGCGAGGAGGGGCAUUUGUCGUACGAGUGCCCGCGGAAUUUUUUGGGGCCGAGGGAGUUGCCGCCGCCGCCGAAGAAGGGGCGGCGAGGCGGUAGCAGUGGAGGGGAGAGUAGGGGGAGGGAUUUUGAGGGGGAGGCGGCUGGUGGAAAUUGGGGAGAAUUAAAAUCAGGUAUAGGGUUUGGUGUUUUCACACCAAACCCUCCAUCUUUUCCUAAUUCUCAUAAAGGACCCCAUUUUAUGCAAACUACCCCCCCAAGUUCCGAAAUAUUACGAAAGCCACCCCUUGAUUGUUCUGAAUUGCAAAAAUUACCCCAUGUUAUGAGAAUUACCCCCUAG